ACACUAGUUUGAUUUGGCGGGCUGAUCACAUUUUUGAAGUAACGAACUUUAUAGGUUAACCUAACUUGAGCAUUGAAAUGUAAAGUUGAAUAACAAAUCUUUUAUUAGUUGAACCAUUUAAUUCAUUUAUCCAAGGAACAAUAUUUCAGAAAUAUGGAAUGUAAUAAUGGUACAAUCAGCAAUGGGGAUUCCAUUGUAACCGAAAGAAUGAUGGUACUUCAGAAUGCAGUUCACAAAACAGUCCAAGAAAUCAUUAAAGGAGUUAGCGAUGAAGAGUUCAGAAAUGUUAUUGGCGACUUACAACCACUGAAAACUAAACACCUACUUGCGCAAAAGUUGCAUGCAAAGUUCAAUAUAGUCUUUGACAACAAUGCAGCUCAAUGGUUACAUGAUUUAGUGAAGACUGAUAAUCUUGAUGCCAAAUUUUCAGAACUGUUAGUUCUAACAGAUAAUAACGCCGAACACGAAGAUGUGGAAGCUUGGAGACCACCUGGCAGUGUUGAAAAACAUUUACGUGCUCCUUCCAUCACAGAAAAAUUGAGAUUCAUUGAAAAUUUGAAACUGCACGUGGAAGAGACAGAAAAAUCAGUUGAGUUUUUGAAGACCAAGGUGAUCAAAGCGAGGGAUCAAGUGCAACAUCAGAUAAAAAUACUAGAUGAACUGACCAAUGCCGCCGAUAUUUCAGCAGACAAUUGCAAAAUUGUCUUCAACAUACUUACUGAUCGUGAAAUUUGAUGUUUUCAAUUUAUAAUUUUUUAUCCUGUAUAUAGAUGUAGAAAUAAUAUUAUUUUCGAUAUUCGAUUCAUAACAGACAUCAUUUUACCAUACAGAAUAGGCUUAUUGUAUAACUUCACUUGUACAUCAAGGGGAAAACAGUCCAUGAUAAAAAAGUCCAUUCCUCUAUAAACUUCUACAAUUUAAAAAAAAUGUCGUUAUGGACUGUGAAUCUCAAAUUGAUUGUAUUCUCUUUUAACUGAUUAACUUCUAAAUAAAUAUUAUUUCGUUCAUGUUUUUUA